CUGGCUGGAGCUGAGCGACAAUGAUGCCAUGACCGGGCACUAACAACAACACCUCUAGCUAAAGCCUCCGCGCUCGGCCGUGAGACAUCGUCCCAGCCAAGUAGACAUUGAGCCAGUUCUUCGGUAGGAGGGCAGCAUGCGGUAGGCCCGAAGAAACGUCUAACAUCCGAACGCACCAAAACACAGCUUCACGACCUUGGGGGACAAGCUCCCGUAGUAGUGGCAGCAAACUGUCUGUCCACAACUCUGCAGCAAUGGCCACGCUCGAACAGCGCGAUGCGGCUCUGGCCGACUUCGCGCAGAAGGUCAAGAACGAAUUCCUGGAGGAGAAUGCCAAUGUCGACUACAGCAAGCUACGGCGGCCGGGAUUCUUCUCAAGAUUCCUCUGGAUGGGCGAGCACGCACACCGGGCCUACAUAUGGUCACAACUUGCCAAGGAGGCGACCUUUGCCGGGCGCAAGGUGACGGCGACGGAAGUCGAUGCACUCGUAGAGCACCUCGAUUGGGUGUGGCGCACCCGGGCCACUGCCCAGCCAUUGUCCCUGCUGCUCGCGGGCUUCAUGACCUGGAGGAGUCGGAAGGUGUUCAAAUUCCCAUUCAUCACGCCGUGGUCGUCGUUCAAGCCGGACGUGUUCCCCUCCGAGAGCAUGCCGCUUCUGAGAGGCCCCAGGGCCAGGACAUGCUGGCAUGCUGCUCGAUUCACCUGUUACGCGCCUCCGUCCUGGUUUGUCAUGCAGUGGAUCGUAUCAGAAGUCUCCGUCGGUGGCUAUGAGAAGGGCAAAGGCACAGAUCCCCGCCUCCGCGAGCUGAUGCAGCAGAUCAGGGCGACGAGACAGGCCGAGCUCGCAAAGCGAUUCGCCGGUGCCCGACCGGGUGGACAAGGCGCACAGGGACAAACAUCACAGCCGGAUAUACGCUAUCCUCGCCAGUCGCAGCAGCGGCCGCAGCAGGAGCCUUCCUACAGGGACGACGCUCCCCCUACCAACGGCAGUGGCGCCGGUAGCGAGACUUGGGGCAAGACAGAGGGUUAUGCAGAGACGACAUCAUACGCCUCCUCCUCGGCCAGCCCCUCCGCCUACCGGCCUGCCCCUUCCUACGGCCAGCAGCCGCCACCAUCCUCGCUGCCCUCGACACCGUCGUACUCCCCGCCUCCACAAAGCCAAACAUCACCCCAGCCCGGUGGCUGGGCCGGGACCAGCAGCGCUUUCGACGACGAUAGCGACGACUUCGACGAUAUGUCCCCCGUGUCGCCCGCGGCUCGGAGACAGGAAGCCGCUGCCGCUGCCGCCGCUAACGCAGCCAAUUCGGGCGCCUCGGCCUGGGACCGCAUCAGAAAACAGGGCGCGGCGGGAGUUCAGCAGCAACAGCAGCAAACGCAAACCGACAGCGGCGCGCAAUGGGGCAGCAACACCAACACUAACAAUGCCGCCGGCGGCUGGAGCAGCAUCCGUCAGCGCAACAGCCCAGCAAACAGCGAGUCGUGGACAUAUACGGCGGCCGACGAGGAGCGCGAGAAGCGGCUCUACGAGAAGGAGAAGGCCCAAAAGGAGUUUGACGCCAUGGUGGAGAAGGAGAGGAAGGGCCAAGGCAGCAGCGGAGGGAGUGGCGGCUCUGGUGGCGGUCGCGGAUGGUGGAGUUAAAAGGCGGAGCGGGCGGACGUUUGGAUUCUGUCCCGCCGUGAAGGGAUAAUUGCGUGGUGCUGAGGGAGUACUCGAUGAUGCUUGGAUGCGCUUUGGCACAAUGGUUCUGGAGUAGAACAGCUGCGGCAAUGGACAGUGGACGGACCGCACGACCAAUGGCGGAACAGCGAAGGAAUUGGAAUGUAUGAUAUAUCAUGUGAAACUACUUCGCUUUCUGAAUACAUGUACGAGAUUAGCUUUGCCAUUCCAACGCCAUAACACCACAAAAAUCAACGGGA